AUGGCGACCGAACUCGAGCACCCGCCCUCCUCCUACGCCCACCUCCUGCCCCCGAGCUGGACGACCCAGGUGACAGCCUGGCUCGCCGAAGACACGCCCUCCUUUGACUACGGCGGCUUCGUCGUCGGCGAGGCGCCCCGCACCGCGACCCUCUGGGCCAAGUCCCCUGGCGUGCUCGCCGGCGUUCCCUUCGCCACGGAGACGUUCCGCCAGUGCGGCUGCACGAAUCACCUGGCACGUCCCCGAGGGCACGCUCCUCGCCCCCCAGCCAGGCGCCCCGCUCGCCGUCGCCUCAGUCGCCGGGACCGCGAGCGGUGCUCUGCGCGGCUAGCUAUUGAUCCGGGAAAACUGAUAUUCGACGCUGUUUGUCUUGUGUUUUUAUUCGGUUAUUAG